UUAAGCUAAAAAGUAACACACAAGAUGAUUAAACUUAUUCAGGCAACAGUUUGCAUUUUAGCCUUGUUUGGGUUAUGUACUGCUGAUAUUCAAGCAAACAGGCUUUUCAAGUUUCUAAAAUCAAAACAUUCUAGAAACUCGCCGAAUAAUAAUAAACGGAUGGUUUCAGAGGAAGCUACUGAUGAGUAUUCUCCGGUUUACAUUGCACCUCAAGACGGUUUGGCAGAGCUCGACAAGAUAUCGGCAUUGCCAGGCCAACCUGAAGGUGUCAAUUUCAGUCAGUACUCCGGAUAUGUUACUGUCAAUCCGAACGCUGGCAGGGCUCUUUUUUAUUAUUUUGUUGAGUCGCCUACUGAUUCGUCUACAAAACCGUUGGUCUUGUGGCUAAAUGGAGGACCAGGUUGUUCUUCACUUAUUGGAGCGAUGUCAGAACUAGGUCCAUUCCGAAUCAAUAGUGAUGGAAAAACACUCUUCAUGAAUGAUUAUGCAUGGAGCAAUGUUGCAAAUAUGCUAUUUCUCGAGUCUCCUGCUGGAGUGGGAUUCUCGUACUCUAAUACAACUUCUGAUUACGAUAAAUCUGGUGACAAGAACACUGCUGAUGAUGCCUACAUUUUUCUUGUUAACUGGCUCGAACGAUUCCCUCAGUACAAAACUCGUGACUUUUACAUCACCGGAGAAAGCUACGCCGGACAUUAUGUGCCACAGCUCGCAUACACCAUCCUUCUGAACAACAAGAAAACAAACCAAACCAUGAUUAAUAUCAAAGGGAUCGCAAUAGGAAAUGCAGUGAUCGAUGAAGAACUGUAUCAAAAAGGUAAGUAUGAUUAUUGGUGGAGUCAUGCUAUAAUUUCUGAUUCGACACAUGAUGCCAUCUUCAAAUACUGUGACUUCGCGAGCAAUUCUUUGUCGGCCAUGUGCGACAAUAUAAUAGACAAAGCUUGGAAUGAGAAGGGAGAUGUUGAUGUAUACAACAUCUAUGCACCAAUUUGCUUAACCCCUGCUGAAAGAAAUACCUCUGCUAUUCCUGGUUCUGUUAACAAUUUUGAUCCAUGCUGGCAAUAUAUCCUUGAAUUCUAUUUCAAUGACUCCAUGGUGCAAAAGGCUUUGCAUGUCAAACCUACAUCAUGGGAUUUAUGCAGCGAUGUUAUCACAAGCUGGAAUGACCGUGCAGUGACUAUCUUGCCAAUAAUCAAGUAUCUAAUUGCGAAUGGGCAGCGCCUAUGGAUUUUCAGCGGGGAUGUAGACGCACAGGUUCCAAUUACUUCUUCAAGGUACGCAAUCAACGCCCUCAAUCUUCCUAUCAAGACAGCUUGGCGGCCAUGGUACCUCAACAAGGAGGUUGGAGGGUAUUUGGAGGCUUAUAAAGGACUGCUUCUCAUAACGGUUAGGGGCGCAGGGCAUACUGUUCCAAGCUACCAGCCACAACGCGCAUUGUCGUUGUUCUCAUCAUUCCUUGGUGGGAUACUCCCUCCUUCCUCAUAAACAAGCCAUUGCUUUUAAGGUUUCAAUAAUUCACAUGAACCAAUGUUUGACAACAGCAAAAAAAGUUUGGUAGGUGUUGUCUAGAGUUGAGAGCUAGCCAAUAUGUUUCCAACUUAUCUUUAGUGUUUGUUACUUCUAAUACAUAUGUUCUGUUUUCUUUUUUA